AUGGCAGCGGAUUCAAUGACUUCACUCUUAUUAAAUAUCAAAAAUGCUAUUUUUCCAGAUGUAUCAGCUAAUAUAGGUUCAUCUGUUCGAUUGAGAUCAAAAUCCGUAAUGGGAAAAGUGAAGAAAGUUCAUGCUCCUGCUUAUGUAAUGGCUAAUAUCUCCAGAAGUCUUUGUGCAAAUAUUCAGGAAAAUGAUCUGAUUGCUCAGGUUUUGGAUAAGAUCAGAAGUAAUAUGCCUUCACCAUUGAUGAUUAUAUCCGAAUGUUCCGACUAUUGUGCAUUUGAUGAUCUCCAGCGUCGUGGCAUGGAUAGUUUAAAACAGGCGCUCUUAAAAACCAUUGAAAUAUCUCAAAGCAAUGGCGACUCCUUUCACUCGACUAUCCCAUCUCGCGUAAAUCAGUUUUCUGUCUCAUCUGUUGUAAACAAGCGUAGAAGACAAGAGGAUCGUUGGUUUUUCGAGCCGGAUCUAAUUGCCUAUGCUCCAGUUGAUGAAGAACAAACAGAAACUUUGACCAAAUUGCAUCGUCGCGAUUACCCACAAAUAGUUGGCUGUGGUAUCUUCGAUGGUCAUGGUGGACCUGAGGCUGCCGAACACUGUUCAAAUCUAGCGCCAUUUCUUCUUUCGCGACGCCUUCAAAGUCGUUUCCUUGAGGAGUGCGCGGACAAACGCUCCUCGCAGACCCUUCCUGACAUUCUCUCAGAUGUUCUGCAUGAAUUGAACCUAUCAUUAUGGAACUCGGGUACAACAGCUACAAUAUGCCUUAUAUAUGAAGACUACAUCUACACAGCAUGGAUCGGCGAUUCACAGGGAGUUUUAUUCAAAACAACCAUGGAGAAUAAAUCCACCAUUAGUACAAUUACCAGUUCUUCAACCACAAAAUCUUCUCCCUCCCACAGUAGCUUAAACAUGAAACCAACGAUGGAGGGCAACGUAGAGAAACCCAUUUUCCCAACAGAUGUAUCUUCAGCUCAUGCUGCAGCUGUCGCUGCAGACAUUCCCCACAUAGAUUCCACGGAGACCACUCUCCCACGACCUACCUCCUCUACAAAACAGAAUGUCCCUCAACCAUUAAAUGUCGAGUCUAUUGGAACCCCUUCAAUCGCUGCUAGUGCUCUGAUCUCCCCGACGUCACCCCGAACUAGAGCUGCACGAUGGGGCCUCCCGUUUUCAUGGCUUACAUCUCUAGUUCGUGGAGGGGGAAAUUUCACGGGUCCUAAUGCCAGUAGCAAGGAAUCAAGUCCUCCUGUCCUGGAAACUCCUCAAGCUCCAAUUCUUGUCAGAGCUCCUCUAGCUACUCAAGAGGUCGAGGAGGCUGAUUUAAUGGAAUCAUCUUCCCCUCCAAAACCGAUACCUGGUAUUUCCCUUUCGGCCAUUGGAAGAGUUCCACCUUUCAGAUAUGGGUCACUACCUAUAGGGGGAAAAAAGAAGGAUAGACCGAAGGAACACAAUCUACUAUUGAGCAGGAAUAAAACAAAUGCGGGCACAAAUGUUCCGGGCAAGAGACUAAGUGCUCACUUCUCUGAGCCCUCCCUGAAUGUGGCUUCUGGGGAAAACGACGAUGUUACAAGGGUUGAUCCGGCUGAAAUGGCUCUCUCGGCCGGGCACCGCAUUAGUCCAGCUGGAGAUAUGAGGGAUAGUAGAUCGAUUUCGCUUCUGGAGAAAUCGAACUCCGAUGCUGUCCAACCGACUUUUAGCGUGCUCACACCAAAUCUACAUCGACCUGAGUAUCCAGUCGAAUUUGUAUCAAUUCUGCGUGCUGGUGGAUGUGUGACCUUUAAAGCUUCGGAGGAGUAUCUAGUAGAAGAAGAAAGUGAGGAUAUUUUACAUCCCACCGACCGUCUCGGUCGACGACUUCCAGCUCCAGUAAUGAAUAGUGCUCAGCUUUUUUUCGUACCCAAUCUCUCAGUGAACGGCACUUAUCGAGUUGGGGGUAUCUCAGGUGUCACUCGUUCUCUCGGUGCUGGUACCUCACUUAUUCCCGGUCUCUCAGCCCUCCCUUCCUUAUCCGCCCACCGACUUCAUCCUUCCACAUCUCCCUCCUGUCUUAUCCUUGCUUCUGACGGUCUUUGGGACACCUACAGCUGUGGGCCCGAUGAUUUAACCCACUUCUUUACCGGUACUCCUAAUCGUGACUUUGCUAAGUUGCUUUCUGCGCGUGCAGUUAGAAAUGGAUCUAGUGACAACGUGACUAUACUUAUCCUCUGGAUUGGAGAUAAGAGUGAAAGUAAUGCUACUAGUGGUGGGAAUGAUGCUGGGUCGAUGGAAAUCGAUAUCCGAUCACCUACUGCUUACCCAAUUAGAUCUCGAUGUGCGUCUGUGCCAACUAAAGGGGAUUGGAGAUUACGGGGCCCCUUAGCUGUUGGAGGCUUCGGAGAGGAAUCAGGAAAGUCCUCGAUACCACGUUAUGUUGAGCUACCGACAGAAAGAGUGUUUGGAAGGAGUCAUUCACUGGAGGAUCUUGCAGACGGAGAUAUUUUCAGGGCUUCAAGCCCCAUGCGAGUUGUGUCAUGA